GUAUUUUAGGAGGCCUUUGUUGUCGUGUUUUUUCAGGUUCUUUUGAUUUUUCGUUGAUCAUUGGUUCCACUAAGUUUCACCAUAUCCCGUAGACUUUGAAAAUUGAAAAUCCUAGCCACUUCCGUGACUAAACUCAACCGCUGCAUUUUCUUCUUUUCUUUCAGGGAACCAUCCACCCAUAACAACAAAAAAACAGCAAGCUGUGUUUUUUAUCAUUCUUUCUCUUUAAACAAGCACCCCCAUCAUGGAAUCGUGCUCAUAAAGCCAAAAUUUCCUGUUCCCCUUUCAUUUUUAGAUUAUUUUGCGGAAUUGGGAGUUGGGGGCACAAUUGAAUGAUGGGUCUCUUGACGAAUCUUCGAGGCUUGAGAACAGAGGGCACCCAACAAGAGAGCUUACCCGUUUUGGCUACGGGUGGCAACCCAAAGAGGAAAUGGAACAAUCUAAUGCCUCUUGUGGUUGCCCUUGUGGUCAUCGCGGAGAUCGCGUUUCUGGGUAGGUUGGAUAUGGCAAAAAACGCCGCCAUGGUUGACUCCCUCGCUGACUUCUUUUACCGCUCUCGAGCGGUCGUUGAAGGUGAAGAUUUGGGGUUGGGUUUGGUGGCUUCUGAUCGGACUUCUGAAUUGGAUAGUUGUGAGGAAUGGUUGGAGAGGGAGGAUGCUGUCACAUAUUCCAGGGACUUCUCCAAAGAGCCUAUUUUUGUUUCUGGAGCUGACCAGGAGUGGAAGUCGUGUUCGGUUGGAUGUAAAUUUGGGUUUAGUGGGGAUAAGAAGCCAGAUGCCGCAUUUGGGUUACCUCAACCAAGUGGGACAGCUAGUGUUCUGCGAUCAAUGGAAUCAGCAGAAUACUAUGCUGAGAACAAUAUUGCCAUGGCAAGACGGAGGGGAUAUAACAUUGUAAUGACAACUAGUCUAUCUUCGGAUGUUCCUGUUGGAUAUUUCUCAUGGGCUGAGUAUGAUAUAAUGGCACCUGUGCAGCCUAAAACUGAAGCUGCUCUUGCAGCUGCAUUCAUUUCCAAUUGUGGUGCUCGAAAUUUCCGGUUGCAAGCUCUUGAGGGCCUUGAAAAAUCAAACAUCAAGAUUGAUUCUUAUGGUGGUUGUCACAGGAACCGUGAUGGAAGAGUGAACAAAGUGGAAGCCCUGAAGCACUACAAAUUUAGCUUAGCAUUUGAAAAUUCGAAUGAGGAAGAUUAUGUAACUGAAAAAUUCUUCCAAUCCCUUGUUGCUGGAACUGUCCCUGUGGUUGUUGGUGCUCCAAAUAUUCAGGACUUUGCUCCUUCUCCUGGUUCAAUUUUACAUAUUAAAGAGAUAGAGGAUAUUGAGUCGGUUGCAAAGACCAUGAGAUACCUAGCAGAAAAUCCCGAAGCAUAUAAUCAAUCAUUGAGGUGGAAGUAUGAGGGUCCAUCUGAUUCCUUCAAGGCCCUUGUGGAUAUGGCAGCAGUGCAUUCAUCCUGCCGCCUCUGCAUUCACUUGGCCACAGUGAGUAGAGAGAAGGAAGAAAAUAGUCCAAGCUUUAAGAGACGUCCUUGCAAGUGCACUAGAGGGCCAGAAACUGUAUAUCAUAUCUAUGUCAGAGAAAGGGGAAGGUUUGAGAUGGAGUCCAUUUACCUGAGGUCUAGCAAUUUAACUCUGGAUGCUGUGAAGGCUGCUGUUGUUUUGAAGUUCACAUCCUUGAAUCAUGUGCCUGUAUGGAAGUCUGAAAGGCCUGAAGUUAUAAGAGGGGGGAGUGAUUUAAAACUCUACAAAAUAUACCCAGUUGGCUUGACACAGAGACAAGCUCUUUAUACCUUCAGCUUCAAAGGUGAUGCAGAUUUCAGGAGUCACUUGGAGAACAAUCCUUGUGCCAAGUUUGAAGUCAUUUUUGUGUAGCAUGCUAUAAAUGGUAUCUCUGCUCUUCCUGAAUUAGCUUCACUUAGGUGAGCACUAGCUAGAGUUUUAGGAAUGAGUAUGGCAGUGAAUAUGGCAUGGCUUUAUUUAUGCCUAGUUUCUUGGCCAACUCAUUGAUGUUUUAUAUGAGAAAGACAUCACACUUUAAAUUUAAACUCGUUUCUGUAGAAGUGCAAAUCCAUAUUUAAUGCUUAGUUUUAGUGCUCUUAUCUGAUCAUCUAGAAAUCACAGUUCUUGUAUAUUGUGAGUGAAAAACUGAAAAUCUAAUACAAGCAUAAUAUGUUUCACUCAAGAAUAUAUUAUGACUUCUUGUUGUUUUUUGAUGA